GUGAAAUAGCUGAGGAUCUGCCGUCUGGCAAAAUGCCAAUGUUUUGUGUAGUUUACAGCUGCUCCAAUCGUUCUAAUCGAGAAAAGGGAAAGGGUUUUUAUAGAGUACCGAAGAUUGUCACUCAUAAAGGUGAGAAAUGUAAAAAGCUCACAGAACAACGCCGUAAAAAGUGGAUUUUUAACGUACUUCUGCGGUCGGGAGGAGCAGAGUCUGUUAAUGCCCUUGUCUGCAGCGACCACUUCGUCGGAGGUUGCCCUAGCGCUUUGGGUGACGUUGAGUCGGUAGAUUGGGCUCCGACGGUCAACCUAGGUUACCAAAAAACUAAGCCCAAAUCACAGGCGUCUCUUAAACGAGAGCAAAGGAUGAAGAUCAAGGAAGACCAACAAAGACGGUCGGAAUGUGCAGAUGCUAUGUUGGAUCUCCAACAGACAGAUGAGAGCCCGGAUCUGACGCAGACAGCCGAAAGCUCAGAACCGAAGCAGCCAGCUGACAACAACCCACAAUCAGAGGGGAUCAGUGGGAAUGGGACAUUAAAUGAUAAAGGCUAUGUAGAUGUCGGAUGCCAGACUGAGCUAACAAUGGAUGACAUUGAGAAGAUGGAGGAUGUUCUGAGACAAAACACCCCAUGUCACUUACAUAUCUUGUGCCUGGGGAGGGAGAGUCAGCGAUAAACAGAUCACAAUAGAGAGUGGCCUCCUAAAAAACCUGUUACCUGGAGAUAUUGUCCUAGCAGACCGUGGGUUCAAUAUUGGUGAUAGUGUGGGAUUUUACUGUGCUUCACUACAGAUACCUGCAUUUACCAAGGGGAGAAAACAGCUGUCAGCGUAUGAGGUGGCAGACACAAGAAAAAUAGCGAAUUUGCGUAUUCAUGUUGAGUGAGUUAUCGGUUUAGUCAGAAGAACAUAUCAGAUUCUGCAAAGCAGGGCUAUGCCCAUCGAGCACAUGGCAACAAAACAAGGUGAGGCACUAGCAUUGAUUGACAAGAUUGGGGUUAUUUGCUGCGUCUUGUCUAAUCUUUCGGAGUCUAUUGUCCCAUUGGAGUAAGGAGGAGGGAGGGAUAGGGAUAAUAAUCAGUCAGUCCAGUACCUGAGCCCUCACACAUGUAGUGUCCAAUACCUGAUCCCUGCUUCUUGGCUCUGAUGAUGAUGAUAAAUAAGAGGACAUGGAGUAGUAUUACCUGAGCCCCGACACAUAUCAGUCUGUUAAUAUGUUUUCAACAAGUGUAAUACUUUUAUCCACUAGUCCAAUUGUACUGGCUAUAUGUAUUAUAUAUAAUGAAAUGGAUUCUAAUCUGUUAUUGCACACCAUGUUCUUGUUAUUAUAACAAUUGUUGAAAAAUCUAAUCUUGUAAAUAAACCACCAUGUAUAAUUCUGUCUUCUCAAUGGCAUUUAAUCUUUUGAUUUAAAUAAUACAACAGCCAGAACUCACAAAGACCACACUCAUAACAAUAGUCAAAAUGUAAUCUUGUCUCAUACAACCGUAUUGAUAUAACAGCAAUAUCACACAGCCCACUUUCAAGAGUGCCUGGAUCCUUUCAUUACAUUACACAUGUGAGUUUGUAACUUGCUGUCCCAGUAUUUCUGGAAGUAUACCGUUUCUAAAAAAGCACUCAACUUUAGGGAUAACAUCAUCCCAAAGUUCAAGAUCGGGCAAAAUCCUUUCAACAAAAAUGUCAUUGUGGUUCCACACAACAAAAUCACAGUACUCAGCGUCUACAAUGUGAAGCCGUUUGGUACCGAGGUUGUGGACCCAUCCGCUGACAAAAAAGUUGUACGCCUCCAGACUUUUAUAUGCCUUCAUUUGCUGUCUGGUGUAGUACGAUGUCUGAAGGACCAGAUAGUUGGUGAUGUCAACAGCCUUUGUCAGAAUUAUUACUUGGCGGACCUGUCUUCCAUAAAAAUGAGCUUUUUUGAGAGCAAACGAUAGUUAAAAACAAAAUUAGAAAAAUAUUGCCCUCAACUGAUUAUGUAAUGAACAAUAUGGCAUAAAGCAAUUAAGCCUCUAUAAUUCGCUGCAACGACAAUAUACAUGAACACGCAAAAUGAUUGACCGGCAGAAAGCGUCGUUGUCAGUGGACACAUUUUUUUUGAGACUGGUGAGAUGUCUCUUUUGCAUACCUUUCCUUGAAAUAAUCGCUUACAGCACCUUUAAUAUUUUAAGUGUUAACUUAAACUACAGAGUACAAAUUGAGGCUAUGGGGAAAACCCACAACCCCUUGCUACUUGAAUUAUUUAAUUGUUUCCUUGGCCAGAGGGAAUAUAGGGGGGAUUUAAAUAGUUGUCAUUAAGAAUUCGUAGAUGUUCAUGUGCUUGUUUCGUGUGAUGUCAUUAGGGUGAUCUGUGUCCUCUUUGGUCAAAUUGGACCCUUGUUAACAAAAUCUCAGUUCUCCUUGUGCAUGUGCAGCUGAAGUGACGGUGUAUAUGCAUUUCUGUGGAGAAUCAACCUAAUUUAAUGACUGACCUAGAAUCAGUUAUCAUUUGUAUUUGAGUGCUAUGGUUUGAUUAAAAUUGUAUCAAUUGAAUUACAAUUAUUAACAA